GGCUGAAGUUCAGGCCGUCCCUCAGUGGGGAGGUUCUCACUGCCAGGGUGGACUCUGGACCAGAGAGUACAGGACAGUCUAUUCAUUGGCAGGUCCAGAACACAGGUGACAAAACGGAGGGUCUCUCUCACUCAUGGACAGCCGGGGUUGCCACAUGUCGGUGAGUACGGGGACGGUCAUUGCGGGCAGGAGGGUGGCUCUCCGCUCCAGCCACGUGAUGGUUCAGAUCAGCAGAUUUUGGAAACGUCAUACCUUGCUGCAUGACGCAGCACGUGUGGUAGAUUGCAGUCAUUUCAGCUCAUUCCGACACCAAAAUAAGCUGAUCAUGGUGAAAGUCAUGGUACAGUACAUUACACUGCUGGAUCCCAGUCCCCUGGGCUUUUGCAUACAGCUGAGCUCCCAGCUAAAUAUAUCUGACUGAGCUGAUGACUGCAUUCAGACCACAACCUGCCGUUAUUAUUCAUGACUUUUCAAACUUUGUGCCAGCAAGUUUAAGGUGAGUGACUGGCAAUGGUUGCAAAUUCACUGUGCUCAAUGAGAUGUUAAACAGAUUUAUGGCAAAUUCUCCCAGAAUGCCUUACCUUAUAACCACAAACAGGGGAGAAAUCUGCAAAAGCUGAGCCAAAUUAAUUAAUUGGAGAGAAUAAAUAGGCUAUAAAACCUCUGUAAAUUUCAUCUUUCUUGGGUAGUAUUAAAAUGCAGAAUAAUUGUUCAGAUACUAAAUUGCCUGUAGGAGUGCAUGUGAGAGUGAAUGGUGUGUGAGUGUGCCCUGCGAUGGGCUGGCCCCCCGUUCUGGGUUGUUCCCUGCCUCGUGCCCAUAGCUUCCGGUUUGGAAAAUGGAUGUAUAAUUGUUCAGUUUUCCCAUUCUGAUUCUUUGGUUAAAUACAUAAUAUUUUCGCUACAUGAUUACUUGCACAAGUAGUGUUUAAAUAAUGCCUUAGAGUCAGCACUACCUACAGAAAUGUAAACCAUGCCUAAAUAUCAGAAGCAGCAUCUAGGUCAUUGUGACAUUUAAGAUCAUAAACUUUCAGGCUUCUGCAUUUACAGUCAUGGUUUGGUUUUAGUCUCUCUGCUGUAUGUUGAGUUUGACAGGCAUCCAGUCAGACACACUUCUUUUAUCGUACUGUAUCCUUCACUGUGGACGCUGAGUGGUUGGGCUCAGGGUCACCCGGACCUACCUAAGCGCGUGUGGUACAUAUGAAGUACCUAGUAGCUCCAGAGCUGCCUUCAGGUCCAAUUCAGACCUGAAGCAGGCUGUGGAGAAGCAGCUCCAACGCGACAGAGGUAUCAAAACUAAUUUAUUCCUUUAUUUGUCUUCAUAAUAAAUCCCUGAAACAAUAUUCCACAUACCUGGGCUUUUGGUCAACAGAGAGGAGCCAGAACAGUUCAAGUAAUCCUGCUGCUCAUCUACCUUUGCUAACAGUUUAACUCCAGUAAACCGCAGCCUGGAGAAACCUUUUCUCAAAUGCAGUUUAGCACUAUAUGCUAUGAAUUGUAAGCUUCCUAUUUAAUGCUGAAUUGAAAACCAAUAGUAGUUAAGAUGGGAUCCAAACUCAGCUGGUCAACGUGCUUUUUGUUAUGGAUCAACCUAGGUCUGUGAACUGAUAGUAUCAAUCCUCUGAAAAUGUAGUAAGGAUGGGCAUUUCAGACAGAAUUACUAGCUGAAUUGUUGUUAUUCAACAAAUGAACCCUUAUUUUAUUAACCCUGUCCUGCCCCACGUCAACCACACACAGAGAAAAACAUAUAUACUGCAUAAAUAUCAAAAUAUGUCUUUCCAUAAAAGAGAUAUUGCUCAUCGCUGUAAAAGUAUAACGUAGAAUACUAAAAGUAGCUUGAAUAAAUUAAACAAACCGAACAUGUAGCUCAAGUACAGUAACAUACAGAAACGUUUAAUGUUCUGAUGCCUUAGGCACUUAUUGUGAAUGGUAAUUUCUUUAUUUUUAAAACAAAUCUAACCAUGCUUCUCUGUCUUAGAAAGCACUCAAAAACAAAAAAGGGCUCAAUGAUACUGGGGAAAAUUCACAGAGAUCUGAAAAGUGAUAAAUAUCGCAAUAGGACUUUUUAGUGGAAAGGGAAGCCAGUAGUUCAGUCACAAUUUGGUGAAGUCUAACAACUAAAUUAUGAGACAUGAAUGAUCAAAUACAUUGGUAGGGGCAGCAGCGUGUGGCUCAGUGGGCUAAGCCUGUGUCCUUGUAAUCAGAAGGUCUCAGGUUCGAACCCAGCCUCAGCACGUCUGCAGGUCCUUGAGCAAGACCCUUAACCCCCAGCUCCCUGGGCGCCGCUAUGGGUGGCUGCCCUUCGCGGUCAACUUACUCCACAAAGAGCAAGUUGAGGGAGGCAUAAAGAUAAUUUCCUACAGGGGAUCAAUAAAGUAUCAAUUAGUGAAGCCACGAGUUCUUCCAACACACAAAGCAGUGCAGACAAAUCACUUACUUUUCCUCAAUAUUAUUUCUAUGGAAUCCCAAAUACAGCAGAAGAUGAAGAGCUAUUGGUCUCAAGUACUUGUUCAUAUUUUUCUACUCCUCACUUGUUUUUGUUAAAUUUCUCACAAAUGUGCCACGUUGUCCAUGAAUGAGCAAGGAUGAAAAGGAUUAUGAUUGGCUCAGAGAUCAUAUCAGAACUGCAAAGCUGUUUUGUUUCCUAUGAUAGAUUAUGAUCAACAAAAUGUAUUUUCUUAACCCAGAUGACUACCGCAGCCCUUGUGAUGUAACAACUGCACGUGCGUAGCAAGCUGAUCGAUAUUAACAUUGCACCUCCUUUGAAAUUAAACCUUUCUCAUUUCUGCAAAACAUUCAAAGUAAUCCUGACGCUGAGAUUAAGUUAAACUGAAGAGGUAGCAAAAAUCUGGUAGCAUACAAAAAGAGAGCUGAGAGGGAGCAAAAACAAACUGUCUGAGGGUCCCCGAACUAUAAUCUUGGUUAAUAUAUAACAUUUGGAUAACUUUGGUUAAUGGAUCUGUGUUAAUUUAUUCUGAAUAUUAGCCUGAAUGGGGACAUCCUCUAUUUCCAGCUGCGAGAGCAGUUAGCAUUGUCUGAAUAAAAUACCUGCCACCGGUGGACUGUUAUUUGUCUUCAUUCCAUGUGUCUACCUGUGCUGUUCUUUUAGGAAACGGUGACGGAUGCCUUUUAGGGAAGCUGUUUGCGUGAGAUAUUAGUGAGGGUUCAGCAGCUUAAUCGCUCAACCAUGGUCCUGCUGAUCCACCUGCUUGCCUGCACCUUCGGACUGGGUUCCUGGGUUGCCAUCAACGGCUUGUGGGUGGAGCUACCGCUCAUCGUCAACAGGCUGCCUGAGGGCUGGGACCUGCCAUCCUAUCUGACCGUCAUCAUCCAGCUGGCCAACGUGGGCCCCCUGCUGGUCACUCUCAUGCACAAGUUCUGUCCUGGGAGCCUGAAGGAGCGACUCGUUAUUUACGUCAUUCUGGCCGUCGGAGUCGCGGCUUGCUUCCUGCUCCCCGCCUUCUGGACGAAGACCACGGUGAUGCUCGGCUCGCCACACAGUACCGCCUUCCUCGUCAUCACCUUCUUCCUGUCCCUGGUGGACUGCACCUCCUCGGUCACCUUCCUGCCUUUCAUGAUGCAGCUGCCGGCCAAGUACGUUACCACUUACUUCAUUGGUGAGGGUCUUAGUGGCUUUGUGCCAGGGCUGGUGGCCCUCGCGCAGGGCGUGGGCAUCGCCAAGUGCGUCAACGUCACCCUCUCCCCCAACAACACAGCCUCGAACACAAGCACCAUCCAGACCCAGUACCUCCCUCCCAACUUCUCCACGGAGAUCUUCUUCUUCUUCCUCGCUGCCAUGAUGGUCCUCAGCUUGGUCGCCUUUGUCCUCCUUAACCGGGUUCCAAGAACAUGUGAACUUUCCAGAGAGAAUCUUGCGGCCGAAUCGGUGCUCUCUGUAUCCGAUGGCCUGAAUAGCCCUGAGGUGCUGACAGCCCCAAGCAAUGGUGUCCCUGCUGAACCAGGCCAGUCCUGGCUCUUGCUUCAGAAGCCGGGAUACUCUGGGCACCAGUUUGCCUUCAUUUACUUCCUGGUGAUCUGGGCGAAUGGGCUGACCAAUGGCGUGCUGCCGUCAGUGCAGACGUACUCCUGCAUGCCCUAUGGGAACGUGGCCUAUCACCUCUCUGCAGCCCUUGCAGCUAUGGCCAACCCUGUAGCUUGUGUCAUUGCCAUGUUUCGCCCUAAAAGGUCCCUGGUGUUCCUGGGCCUCCUGUGUCUACUGGGGACGGCCUUUGGUACAAACAACAUGGCCAUGGCUGCCCUCAGCCCCUGCCCCCCGCUCCAGGGCUCUGCGGCAGGAGAAGCCCUUAUCGUGUUAUCCUGGGUCCUCUUCGUGGGGGCGCUGUCCUACGUGAAGGUGAUGCUGGGGGUGAUUCUGCGCGAUCACAGCCACAGCGCCCUCGUUUGGUGCGGGGCGGCAGUGCAGACCGGCUCAUUGCUGGGUGCGCUCACCAUGUUCCCGCUGGUCAAUGUGUACCACGUGUUCCGCGCCGGGGAUUUCUGCAGCAUCAAGUGUCCCCCGUGAAGCCCAUAAAAAAAACCCUGCAAGCAUAUUAUGGGAGAAAGUUGUUGAAGUAACCACGGGCAAUAUUUAUUGAUUUUUUUUGUAUCUCUUGCGUCUCUAUCACCUUUCAUCGAUAAUAUAAGCAAUGUCUGUUGGACCAUAUACCCGUAAUUUUAGUUUUAAGCACCAUCGCCACAGACAAACCUUAUCGAGAAGCCGAGAGUAAACACUGCCUGAGGGUGACUUUUUCAGCUAAAUAUUCAUUUUAUAAUAUACAAUCUGUUAAUGUUUUAAUUUUAUGUACAUUAACAUUUAAUAUAUGACUGUGAAACACUGUUUUUUAUUCUGACGGCAUGGUUUGUCUCAGAACCCUAAGCUGUUUGCGCUGAGAAUUUGUAACGAAUUUAUGCGUCGUUCGUGUUGGUUGUUAUUUCGACAAGCUAGCACUAGAGGGGGCGCCAGACCAAAGAAAACGCCAACGUCUGAACAUCCACACAUCGAGCUCCUGUAAUGUGCCUUAGUGCCUUCUCAGUUCACUGACCUUCAAAAUGAAUUUAGUCGAGCAAAGCAAGAGGCGAGGAACUGAGCUUUUCCUGCUCGGGGUAAUUUAACUCCAGUAAUUGUAUGACCGCGUUUGUUUUUUGGCUCCAGGAUGAAGAAUUUACUGGCCUAAUCUUAAAUUGCAUGAUAGAAAGAUAAUGUGAAUAAUAUUCAUUUUUAUCGCAAAUGUUCUGUCUGCCCAUGCUAAUAUGUUAAAUGCCUGUGAACAGUGGAUAUGUUAAAUGCUAGUUAUUUAAUUCACUCGCUGGCGGUUAAUGAAUCAAAUUCAUUGUGACCCAACUAGCUCUGUGACCUAAUGAAACCGUGUUUUCCUGCUCUAACUAAUCUUAUCGCGGUUUGGGGCUCUGAUAGUCACCGCGGUUGUACGUGACUUUGUUGAAUUCUUUGUUGGCGUUGCUUGGGAAAGUCGGGAAUGGGUUGCAUUGCAUGGCGAACUUUGAUUGCAGUUCCUGCAGAACCGCCAUGUGACCCUGACGCUGCCUCGCAGUCUCUUUGUGUGGGAGCGUGGGUGUGUUUUUUUUUCCCUCCACCUCCAUGCCACCCCGCUCCGUUUCCGCGUCGGCGGGUUGGGGGCGCCUCGGCGUAGCCAGUGGGGGCCGCACGCAUAUGGCCGCGCCUCCUGGCGGAACCGGACGGUGCCAGGGUUCCAUGGGAAAGGGACUGUCCCCUCUCCAGUCCACAGCUGUCGCCUGCCCGCUCCCCCUCGCCUCGGACAGGCCAGGGGCAGGGCUGGGGUGGGGUUGUGGGGAGGUGAGGGCGCUAGGUCAGUCAAAUACAAAGGAGGUGUCACGGCCCCAGGUUUGUGUUUGGAAACACUAAUUAAUCAAAGGCAGAAGGAGGUUCUGUCAGCUGCUGGAUGGGGAUGUGGUCACCAGAGAGCGCCCCCUGGAUCUCCCCCUGCCUCCUGGAUGUCCUUCUGGUUCUGAGGUCAUUUGAGGAGCGUAGGAUAGAUGGAACCGCCCCAGCUGCUACCAAGAAUGCAAAAGGCCAUCAGGGGAGGGGGCUGCAUUCUUAUUAACCCCCUUACAUGCAGACUGGGGGGGGG